CACCCCCGAAUCCGUCGCGGCAUGGCUCCCCAUCGACGCCUGUCGCCUCUCCGGUGUCCUAGAUUUCAGGAACAGGGGGACCAUGGACGAGACCUCCGCCGCCUCUCCUUUGAAGCUGCCUUGCUUUCAGAACGCAACCAAGGUCGUGCUUGAUCUAGAUUCUAUCGGCCUCACCCUGCCGCCUUCCGGCAUAUUUACCCGGCUCGCCGAGCUGGUGCUGACUAGCAUCCAUCUGCACGGUCCGUGUAGCAUCAGUGAUGUCGUCUCCUCAUCACGGUGUCCAUCUUUGCAGCGGCUUGUCGUCAGCAGUGUCAAGGGUCUGGACAAGUUCACAAUCCACUCAGAGUCUCUCCUAGAAUUGGUGCUGAGUGGUCUCCCUGGCUUGCACCAGCUCAAUGUCGUUGCACUGGCUCUGAAAGACUUAGCAGUACGGGGUUGCUUCACUGAUGCUCUCAAUCGGGGUCAACACAUUGCCAACAUCUCAGCCCCUCAGCUGGUGACGCUUGAUUGGAAGAGUUCUUAUGAUCCUAGCUCUGUCCAGCUUGGCGAGAUGGCACAUCUCCAACAGCUGACAACGCAAUAUUUAAUUGUAUAUGGACAAUAUGUAUUUUCUGCACAUAAUCGUCAUUGCUUGAUGCUUCUGCAGCGCUUUGACCACAUCAGGAGACUUGUUCUCUACCUUGUCUAUGCACCGCUUCAAGUCAACGGCCGAUUCUUGAUGGAGGAGAUGACAAACUUUCCUAACAUUACCAGCUUGACACUAAAUGUAGUGGCAUGUAGUCAUUCCUUUGGAGCCAGCUCAUUCCAUGUUCUCAGUAUGUCUAGUGGCGUAAGAGAGCUGGAGAUUAGACUUGUCGACCUGCCGAGCGAACACGAGGUAACACUAUUCUUAGUUUGUGGCAAAUCCUAGUGACGAGAUGGCCUACUCUUGUUGGUCAGGGUUAGAUACUGACGUGUUGCUUAUCAAGCUUGACGAAGUAAUUAAU